AAUUCAAAUCGAAUUCCGUCGUCGUCGUUGUUCUUUCUUGUUCUUCUUCCGCUUCUUUUCUUCAAAACAGAAAAAAAGAAGGAGAAAUGGCGAGGAGACCGGACGAGGAAUACGAUUACUUAUUCAAAGUAGUAUUAAUCGGCGAUUCCGGCGUAGGAAAAUCGAAUCUUCUUUCCCGAUUUACUCGCAACGAGUUCUGUUUAGAGUCUAAAUCUACUAUUGGCGUCGAAUUCGCUACUCGUACUCUUCAAGUGGAGGGAAGGACCGUCAAAGCUCAAAUAUGGGACACAGCUGGGCAGGAGCGAUACAGAGCAAUAACCAGCGCCUACUAUAGAGGUGCUCUCGGAGCUCUUCUAGUGUACGAUGUUACAAAACCGACAACAUUUGAAAACGUCAGCCGCUGGCUGAAGGAGCUGAGGGAUCACGCAGACUCAAAUAUUGUGAUAAUGCUAAUCGGGAACAAGACUGAUCUGAAACAUCUAAGAGCAGUAGCCACAGAGGAUUCUCAAAGUUACGCUGAGAAAGAAGGACUUUCGUUCAUCGAAACAUCAGCUCUCGAAGCUUCUAAUGUCGAGAAGGCUUUCCAGACCAUCCUCUCGGAGAUAUACCGGAUAAUUAGUAAGAAGUCGCUUUCGUCAGAAGAACCAGCACCGGCCAACAUUAAAGAAGGCAAGACGAUUGUGGUCGGAGCAUCUGAGGCAAAUACUAAGAAGCCUUGCUGCUCUUCAUCUUAAGAAUUUGUAUUUUAUGUUAAUUUUUUACACCUAUUUUGCCAUGUGGGUUUAUUGUCUCUAAGCCCUUUAAACAAUUCUUUUGUGUUUAAAUUCUGUUGUGGGAUUGAUUGUUUACUGUUUUGCAUGAGAUAUAUCCUAUAGCUUUUUAUA